AUGAUUCGUAUAAAUAGUUUAUCAUGUGUAUUUAUGCUUGUUAUUGUUAUUCAUUAUAUAAUAAUUCAAGUGCAUAGUGUUUCACCAGCACCUGGUAAGAAAAUAACAACACCAUUUGGUAAAAAAGGUAGUUGGGCAGCUGGUUAUCAUACAGGUGCUGAUUAUGCAUGUCCUAUUGGAACAAAAGUAGUUGCAACAAGAGCUGGAGUUGUUAAAAAUGCCAAUUGGGGUUCAGCUUAUGGAACACAUAUUAUUAUUGAAUCAAAAGAUACAAAUGGUAAAACUAUUCAACAUUUAUAUGCACAUUUAAGUAACAAAUUAGUAAAGAUUGGUGCUAAUGUUAAAGCUGGACAAGAAAUAGGUAAAAGUGGUAAUACAGGACGAAGUACUGGUCCUCAUCUUCAUUAUGAAGAACGAGUAUCACCAUUUGCUUAUAAAAAUCAUCGAAGUCCUAAAUUUAAUUAA